CAGCCGCAUCGGCGAAAUCGGUCAUAACGCACGCUAGAGGCAGCGAGAGCACACGACGCAGCGUAUUUGUCGUCGCGCACAUCAUACGCCACCAUAAAGCACGCAAUCGCCGCACAAAACAUGGCAGCGAUGGAGACCGACGAGGUGAGCCUCCCGCAGGCCCUCGCGGCCGUCCAGGCGUCGUUCGCCGACGCGCCGGCGAACGAGCAACAAGCGCGCCAGUGGGCCGAAGGACGAGGCUACGACUGGGGCGACUCUGAAACUUUGUUAGCGCAGUUCCUGCAGGGCGAGGCCCGGUGCGAGACGCUGAGGAAAGCGAGAGAGCACAAGAAGGGCGAGGUCCAGCGAGCGGGCGUGCAGGCGCGCGCGAACGCCCUGGCGGCGGAGCUCGGAUGCACGGAGCCCCUCGAGACCGAAGCCGCUCUAGCUUACUGUGAAAAAGUCGUCCAAGAGAAGGGCGCUUCGAACUUGACGGCCGACCCGCCGUCACAACCGCCCGCCGCGGAGCUGAAGAAGCUCGAGGCGAUCCACGACGCGCUGCGGACGGACUUCGCGCUGCGAAGGAGGAUGCUGCUAACGCGGUGCGACGUGACGAUGCAGUCCUUUUUGUGGGGCGACGCCGCGGAAGGUCGGGAGCAGACUAUUGUGGAUAGCGUCUAUGCUGAAAGAGCGUCGUUGAGCACGGAGCCGCCGCCGUAUUCUGUACAAGACGCGCUGGCCACGUCAAAACAACGCAUCGACCGCAUGGAGAGCGCCCUCGCGACGCCGUUGAACACGAAGGACCAGCAGUCGGCCAUGAAGACCGUGGUCAUCGGCGCCGUGCCCAGUCGAGGAGGCAACAUCCGCGACAAGCGGCCGUCGCAAAAAGACAUCAUGCCGUCGUGGAAGAAGCGCGAGGAGUCCACCGGCAAAGGUAAGGGUGGUGGCCGGGGCCGCGGCAAGGGCGGGCGCGGGGGUGGUCGCGGCGGCGGGCGCGGCGGCGGAGGCAAGAAGAAAAAGCAGAAGAAAGACAAUAAAAAGGGUGGGGGUGAUAAAAAAGAGUAG